UUGAUCUGCCUGUUAUUUCAAAAGGCUGCUGCUGUCUUCCUGGGCUUCUCUGGCUCUGUUCCACACUGGCCACUGUCAGUUGAGGCAUUCCAGGGGCUCCUGCCAUCUACCAAAGUCUGGAUCCAGAUGAGAAAACUGAGACCCAGGAAGGAGUAACUUAUGCAAAGUCACCCUGCUGGUAAUGGCAGAGCUGGAAUUCGAAUUCAGAUCCGGCGGAUUCCCGAUUACUCCGACCCCACCCGUUUGUGAGCGAGGACAGUACCUCCAGCAAACGCCAAAGCCAGAUUUGGGAAUCACUGAACUGAACUGCUGGCCAUUGGUGGCUGGUGAAGUGGGUCAGGCAGCGAUGCAGGAUUCUGGCGCCUGCAGGCACUGACUGACUGCGGAAUCUUCCAUCAGUCUCUUCACUCUCUCUGGCUCUCCUUUUCUUAAUCAGUACAAAGUAGUUACCAAGAGCCUCCGAGUUCCUGUCUUUUUUCAUCCCUGAAUCCCCACCAUUGGCUUACACUGAGCAUGGGGCGACCAGCAAUGCUGACUUUAGAGGACAAGGACAUGAAGGGACUCACCUGGGCCAUAGCCCCGGCCUUGACCUCCCUGGGCUACCUGCUCAUUCUGCUGGUCUCCGUCUUUCCCUUCUGGGUGCGGCUUAUGAACGAGGAGUCCCAUGAAGUGUUUUUCAGUGGCCUGUUUGAAAACUGCUUCCAUAUAAAAUGCUGGAAGCCUCGACCCUUAUCCAUUUACAUCCUCCUCGGCCGGAUGUUCCUGCUCUCGGCAGUUGUCUUGGCUUUCCUCACCACCUUCGUCAUGGUGUCCUUUGCAUCCGAGCUCCUCCCGAGGAUCCGCAAGCACAAUUUUGUGUCAGCCUUCAUCAGCUUCCUCACAGGGGCCUGUGCCUUCCUGGCCUUGUUGCUGCAUGCCCUGGAGAUCCAGGAUCUGAGGAUGAAGCCCAGCCCCCCACAGUUCUCCGUGCAGUGGCCUUACUACGUCCUGGGCUUUGGCAUUCUUCUGUUCAUAGUGGCUGGUGUCAUCUGCCUCUCUCAAGAAACAGCCUGCCCAAGCUGCCAUUUGUUGCCCAUUUCCAAGAGUAUCGAGGAGGCCCAGGGGAUCCCGUACCUGGAGAAGCUGGAGAGUUUUGGAGGAGAACUGAGCUCAAUACGAAAGGAGACCCUGCUGAAGGAAGAAACUGUUAUCUAGCCCAGGAUAUUGUCUCUCUGCCCUUCUUUGAGCUGUGUAUUUUCAAUAAAAAAGGGCUACUCUGUUAAUCCAUACCUCAAAAACAGCCUGGAGGGCUGGAGGGGAAGGAGGAAUAUUACAAGAUAAUCAAGUAAAGUGGGAUGUUGUAAAAUGAAAACUGUACAGCAUAUAAGCACAACAGAAGGUGUUUGAGUUGAUGAUGUUAGAAAAGAAAAUGUGAUAUCCCCAGAUAAAAGUGUGACUCAGUGUGGAAAACUUGUCUUAAAUAUGUAUUUGGGGGAAUGGUUGGGGAUGGUUAAAGGUGAAAGCUUCCCCAAGACUGAGCUCCUGAGCCCAGUGAGUUGGUGCCUCUGGGGAAAGCACAGCCAAGUUAGCUGAUCAACGUGUCACAUUCCUUCCUUUCACUAAGCCAGAGUUCUCCGGAGUUACCUCCAAAGUGCCCCUAUUCACAGUCCUGCAGUGUUACAGCCUGGAGAGCACUCAGCCUCCUAGCUGGGAUGGGCACAGCUGGGAAGUACAAAUGCUUGGGUCCUCCACUGGUUCCAAGACCUCCACAGGCUUCAUACCCACCCUUCAUCUCCAAGGCACUGUGUAGCAAUGGCUCCCCACUUUUCUCUCUAAAGAACACAUAUGUGGAAAAAAAUCCUAGAACUUAAGCAGUGCAACUUCAAAAACAAGUGCAGGGAGCUGGGGAUGUCUGUCUCCAGAGGAUACAUGAUGGACAUGGCUAGAGUCAAGUAGGCUCUGUCGUGACUGUUAAUUAGUAUUCACUGAAGGUUUACCUCGUGUGGUGCACCAUGGGGUACACAGAGGUAUCGGAAUCCACCCCUGUUCUCUGGAGGCUGAAACCCAAGCAGAAGAGCGAAGAUAUAUACACCUGAAAAACUAACAGCCACUAGGUAUUUUAGUGAAAUUUUUUGGAGUUUCUUAUUACGUUUCUCUGCAAAGAUGUCUUGGAAGUUUCUUGUAGGGAUAUGGUAACUGCCUAGUUCUGAGUGUUCUGACUUUUUCUUCUUAAAAAAACAUAUAGGAACUAUAAUUGUCAGUGAAAAUAGGAAUGGAGAAAAACCUAUGAACUCCAACUUAUGUAUUUUUGGCCCAAACCACCCCCAUCCAACAGAACCAGUAUGGGAAGCUACAAGUGGGAGACUGGCAUGGUGGCCACAGUGGGGCUGGAUCAGAGAAUAUACAGGAGUUCUAGUGAUGGCAAAUUCCAAGUCUUUAGCAAAUAUUAGCCCUCAAAUGCCUGAGAAAGUCUCACCUUGAGAGGGAAUGGCUAUAAAUAGGAUGGAGAACAAAUGUGGGGGAACAUGUGUGUUGGGGAAACAUAGAAGGCAUGGAAAGUGCAUGGGGGCCCCCAAAUGGAAAGGUUUAAGAAAGCACCACUUGUAAAAGAAAAGAGACCACCUGGGAAGGCAAAUGACAAUACCCCUUGAUAGCAAUGUGCUGUGGAUUGAAUGUCCCCCAGAACUCAUUGAGGCUUGGUCCCCACUGUGACAGUGUUAAGAGGGUGGUAUUUGCAAAUAAGUAAACAUUUGAAGGCCAUACGAUAAACUAAUAGAUCUUCAGGGAUGAGGGUGGAUUAGGAAAUGGGGCGGGUGGAGUGGCUAAGGUAUGAGCAAUAACUCUGUGUGACUUUCUAGGUGAUUUUGCCCGCGCCAGAUGCAACUAUCCCAGAAUCGUAAGCCAAAUAAACCUCUUUUCCUUACAAGUUA